AUGUUAAGAUAUCAUGUUAUUACUGUUUUCGUUCUUAUUGCUCAAAAAAAACUUGUUCCUCAUUUAAAAAAUACUACAAUGAAUAUUGCUCAAUUAAUUAUUUCUCAAACAAAUCAUUCAGAUUUACUUGAUAGAACAUUACGUCUUGUUGGAUUUUAUUUUGAACGUUCAAAUGAUAUUGAAGACUAUAAUAAAUUUUUAGAAAUUAUUCAUUUAAUUGAAAAUAAAAAAAGAAUUGACAAAAAUGUAUUAGGAACAGUUUGUUGGGCUUUAUUUUUUGUUGUUACUCGUGCUGCAAAACAAAACCCAACAUUUCUUCAAUCAUUUUUUCCUUUUAUCUCAUUGAAUUUGGAUCCUUCUGAUGAUAAUAUUGAAGGUAAUAAUUGCCUUCUUAUUUGUAUUUCACAAUGUAUUGAAUAUAAGGUUGAUUAUAUUAUUCUUUUUGAUCAAUCUACACACUUUCUUUCAAAAUUAGUAUUAUUUCUUAAGACAGGAGUAGAAAAAUUAGUACUACCAGCACUCCAUGUUAUCGGUCAAAUCAUUGGAUGUUCAGAUGAUUAUACUGAAGUAUUUGUAAAUGAUGGUUUAAUAGAUACGUUAUUCUCUAUCUUCGAAUCAUUACCACCAGAUACAAUCUUGUCAGAGGCAAUGUGGGUUUUAAGAAAUUUAUUUAUUCCAGAAGGAAAUCCACAUGCUAUUUAUCUGAUAGAAAAAGGUGUCAUUCAGUAUCUCAUCCGUUAUGUUUAUCGUCAAAACAUCCAGUUUGCAAGAAAUGCUGUUUGGGCAUUAACUACUGCUAUAUUAUCGUGUAAAUUAAGACAAGAUAUGUUACAAAAAAUGAUAUCUAAUGGAGUUGUUCAACCUAUUGUUUAUGUAUUAAAAAAUCGUUCAUUAUUUACAUCUGAUGAUGUUUUGAACUGUAUUGACUCAAUUUUAUGUUUAAUGAUACAAGAUAAUGUUUCUCCACAAAUAGGGUCUCGUAAUGCAUUUGAAGAAUUAAAUAUUAAUGAUAUGUUAGAAGAACUAACAGAUGACAAAACAAUACAAGGGUUUACCCGUUUAAAGAUUGAAUUAUUAAAAGGUUAUUUUAGUCCAGAUAGAAUUGAAGAAGAAAUGCCACUUUCAUUGUAA